UGCUUAAGAUAGCUCCUCUAAAGCCACCAUACUCCGAAACUGACCACCUUUUAGAAUGAGUUCUUGGGAGAACUUCCUGCAGUGAGUCCUCAUUGGCCUGAUUUGGAAGCACUGGAAACCUCACUCGCAUACACACUAAAAGAUAAGAAGACAAAAGAUUAAGCACUUUGGCCAAGGUCAGCCAGAUAGAGCUGGGACUUGAGCUCCUGGUCUCCUCAAGGCCAUACCUCAAGCUCUACACCAAGAUGAGCCUUUGAUCUGGAAAGUGUACAUUAGGGCCUAGGUGGUUCUGCUUCUAAAUGUAGAAAUGAAUGUCCUCAGGACAAGUUUGUUGUCUGCUCUGAGUUGGCAAGUCCCUCAGAAGUCCCAGGACCAGACUGGGUUCCAACCCUUGAGUAGCUGCUUCAGACUAGCACAGAAAUCACCAACUCUUGUAGUCAAGAGAACCAUGAAGCAUACUGCUGAUCACCCAGAGCAGGACAGAUGCAGCCUUCGUCAGGAAAAGUUACAGCACUGGGCAAAACACCAGCACUAUAGACACCUCUUGGUGCUAGGGGUAAGUCAGCUAUGGCUGGCAACAGCUAUGGUACCCUUUGCUGUCUCUGUUGUCUGCCUGAACUCUGCUUGUCACAUGGUCACAGCGCUGCCACUUUGGUCUGGAGCCUCAGGUCUCCUCGCUGGCAUUGUCACCCUUGAGCUUCACAGAGAUCCCUGCCUCUGGAAGGUGCGGGCCAUGAUGAUAUCCAACACCUUCAACCUGAUCUUGGGCUUCAUUGCGGUGGCUGUGGAGGUGAUGAAGACGGCCUUGGGGCCUUUCCCUGCUGCUCCCUCCCAGCUGACAGGUUUGCUGGUGCUGGAGCUCAGUGCUGAGGCCUUUACCCUAGGGGGAGUGCUGGUCUCAGCAUAUGCCCUGUUCUUGCUGAGCAAGAGGAAGCCAGGAUGCUUUGGGAGGCUGAGUCUGCGCUACCAGGAACUACAGGAGGGCCUCUCUGAGGUGGAGGACGUUACUGGUUUGGAGAAUGGUCCCAUGUUGCCCAACGCGGGAAAUGGAAGACCCAUGAGCAGGCGAGAAGUAGACAGGUGCUACUACUGUUCUUUGCUAAGGGAGCAUUCUCCAGACGCUGCAGCAUCCACCCCCUCAACUCAGAGUUUAGCUGGACUCCCUUGAGACAUGUGUGAAGUCCAGAGGAGCGUCUUCAGUGUCCCCUCAAAGCCCUCGCAUUUUCGUCCCUUCUUCACUAAGAAUAACUGGACCAGAGUCCCCCCUCAGUCCCUGUAAAGCUGCCUCCUCCUUAGCAUUUCUUGUCUUCUUCCCCACUGCCCAGCUUCACGUCCACCUUUCAUAAUCGCACCCACUCUCAGCCCAGUUCCUGUCCCCAGACAACCCUGAAUCCACGUCAGAAGUGCGCCAGGUCUCCUAGGAUCCGGGUCCUGCUAACGCUACUGGAGACUACAAGUCCCACAAUGCCCCGCUACCCCAUGACCUACUGGGAAAUAAAGAGCCU